AUGGCUAUCAAGUUUGUGAUAUGUUUGAACAAACAAGGUGUACUUCGACUCAUAAGGCUUUUCGAACCUUUCCCAGGUGAUGUUUCCAACAAUCAAUCUACCAUCGCGCAAAUAUAUAAACUGGUAUCUUCGCGAGAACACAAGCAUCAGAGCAACUUUGUGGAGUUCUCGGAUUCUACAAAACUAGUAUACAAAAGGUACGCGGGCCUUUAUUUCGUGCUAGGGAUCGGCCUGCAAGACGAGGAGUUGAUAUAUUUGUCACAUAUUCACUUGUUUGUUGAGGUGCUAGAUGCCUUCUUCGGCAAUGUGUGCGAACUGGACAUCGUGUUCAACUUUCACAAAGCAUACAUGAUUUUGGAUGAGCUGAUAAUAGGAGGCGAGAUCCAGGAAACCUCGAAGGACGUUUUGUUGGAACGAAUCUCCCAUCUGGAUAGGCUUAACUAA